AUGAUCACCAUACAACUUCUAUCCACACUGUGUGCGCCAGUGUCGUUUGUCAGUGGAUUGCUCGCCUAUCACGCGCUGCUCCGCCUGCACGCGAUAUUUGCUUUGGCUGCACGGCUCUUUUGCCAUGUUGAUCCAGAGGCCAGAACACUACUAUUGAUCGAUCAGAUCUGCACAUGAGUCAACGACCUUGUAAGAUGAAUGGCAAGGGUGGGUGACACGGCCUCUGGUGCAAAGUUACGGAAUGUCGCACGGCAUCGGUUCUAUAACCGCGAUGGAACCCGCACAUAAGACAGCCCUUGCCACUCGCGACAAUCACAAUCGGGGCUUUUUUCUUUUUGUUCAGCUGCAAACAAUUUGAGGGCAAGGAAGGGAAAAGGAAAAAACACAGACUUACUAGAUACGUUUACUUGGAUCCAUCUACAAACAGAACGGAAAUGACUUUCCAGCACACCCGAGAUGCGCUGCAAUGCAAUGCAAUGCAAUCAACCCAGUUGAUUUUUCUUAGGACCCCUAAAAUAUACCUCGAAGAAUCUCUCAGGCUUGCGGGGCCGAUACCCG